AUGAACGUAGAAGAGGAGAUUCAGAAACUCGAGGAAGAGAUCCAUCGUCUUGGCUCUCUCCAGUCCGAUGGCUCUUACACGGUGACAUUUGGAGUGUUGUUCAAUGACGACCGAUGUGCCAACAUCUUCGAAGCAUUGGUUGGGACAUUGAGAGCCGCCAAGAAGCGCAAGAUUGUGGCAUUCCCAGGAGAACUGUUGCUACAGGGAGUUCACGACAAAGUCGAGAUCACUCUCCGACCACCACCACCUCCACCGCAAGCUCCUGCCGCCGCCGCCACUUCCUAA